AUGCCUCAGGUAAUAAUGAUCAUCUCAGUUCUACCACCAUUAAGUGAGCUUCUACUUACUGUUGGUGUUACGUUCGUCAUUAUCGACCGAUUGUUGAUCUUGAAGUUUGUUGUGGCUAAAUUUAAAAGACCCUUAUUGAAGGUUAGUUUAGUCACAUUAAUGGUUUGUGGAUUAUCGUUUGUUGCGGUGGUUUACUGCGUUCAGAAGCCUUAUGAAGAAAUUCUUGGUGAGUUACAAACAAAACUGCAAUGUAUGUCUUAUAUAACGUGCUAUAACAUCUUGAGUAAGCACUACAGUAAGGCAAAGCCAAAGAAGAGCAACGAUAAUAAGUAAACUAUAGCUAGAAUAAGUUACGGUUAGAGUAAAAGAAAUUUAUUUGCAAAUGGAAUAUAUAGUUUAUUUGCGAAUAAUUCAUUUGGAAUAUGUAGAACAACAAAAACGGUUUUUCAUUAGAUAAUAAUGAUGGUGAUAGUCAUAUUGUCCAGCAAAUAAAGUGCGUAAUCUUGACGAGGUCCCCGAGCGGUCGCGUUCGUUUAGGCCAGCUGAGUAAAGUUUCUUUCCAUCUUCCCGACUGUAGCCUAGCCUCACAUUUUGCUUUGUAUUGCUCUAGAUGCCAACACAAUCCAAUCACGUCUAUAUCCUAUCUCUUCGCGUUUCUGCGAUACUACAUACAUAUGUCAAAUUUGACGUAUUUGAGACUUCCCUCGAAGUUAGCUAAAGAAUGUGGUAAGCAAAUCGAUCUGUCGUUUAGGGUCACAGGCUUCAUACCAUCAUUCCUCAUGAAAUAAUCACAUAGGAAUGCUAUCGCUACAAAAAGUACUUCCUUAUUUCUCGCAACGAAGGGAAAAUACACAACCGCUCGCGAAGAACAGCGUUAUAAUAAAACUUUGAAAAAAUAGAGUUAAUGAAUUAAAAAGUUGGCUUAUUAAUAACAUUACAUGUCCAAAAUCACACUACUUUGUUUUUAGAAUGCAAUACGUUUAUAUGUGUGACUAGCAACUAUGUCAGGUUCAGUGCUAUGGUAAGAUGUGUUUGCAGUGCUAUGAACUUGUUACUGUCCGUUCUGGCUGGCUUUAUGUUUUUGUAUGUUAAAAGAAGUGUCAAACAUAAAGUAAGUUUUUAUUUUACUGCAAUUUUAUAUUGUAAGCCUAGAUAUUACAUAAUAAGUUGUCUCAUUAUGAAUGAGCCAAAAUACAUUUUUCAAAUUUUUGGCGUAUUAUUAAUAGCUUUCAUAGUAUAACUUGUCGCCUGCAACUUGCUAGCUACUAUUACAAUAUUCUUUUCAGUCCAAACACCCAAAGUACUUUAUCUUCGUCCUAGUCAGCAAUGAAUGUAUCAUGGGCUUCAGUGUAGCUUCAUUUGGCUACAUGAUAUUGAAUGAACACAGCACCUUUGGCAACUAUGCUGUAUUCUUAGGACUUGGCUACAGUUUUGAACAUUUGCUUAUGAUUGUUACCUAUUUAUUCGCUUUUCGAAGAGCCAGGCAUCAAAGUAAUGUCAUCACCGUCACUUCUAUGUCAUCAAAGUAG